AGGGCGAGGGACGCACAUCAACGUUGCAAACUUCAUCAGCAGAAAAAAGUACGGAUUAUUUUUUGGUUUUUCUGCUAAUUAUUUAUUCAAAUAACUGUCAAAAACACUACAAAAGUUACUCCUAGAGUUUCUACUAUGAGGGGAAUUUUCGUAUAGUAGAAAUAAGUUUCGUAAGUUUUGGUAAAUUUGUCCAAAAAUUUAACGCGGAAAAGUUGAACGUGUGAAGUCACGAGUGACUCAUUUGAGUCUUUGAGAAUGAAAGYCUUUCUUUUUUCUGUUUUAUUGGGCUUGUUUUGUUGUUCCUGGAGUAUUCCAGCAUCUAGGAAGAGUCCCUCUAAUAGCAGAGAUAUUUGUAGUUUACCACCAGAAGAAGGACCAUGCAGAGCAUACUUUGAAAUGUGGUUUUACAAUGCUACCUCACGCCAGUGUGAAACGUUUGUGUACGGAGGAUGUGAAGGAAAUGAGAAUAGGUUUGAUGAGAAAAACACUUGUGAAAAAAAAUGUAAACAAUUGCAGGAUAAACAGAACAAUUUGAUGUUCAGAAUACGAAGAUCUGUGGAAACCAAUAAUAGUAAAAGGAAAGGAAAUGCAAAAGACAGUCCACAGAUUAAAAAGAAAGAAGGGAAGUUACCCAUGGAUGACAUUUUAAAGGAGUAUUGGACAAUAAGAAAGCCAAGACUUGCAGAACCUAUGCCUGGUAAGGAAGAAGGUGGUAUAGAUAUGAAUGCUGCCUUAAACCCGGAGCAAAAAGAAGGAAAUAAAGGCAAUAUUAAAAAUGGAAAUGAAAUUAAGACUGAUGAUAAACCAGACCCUAAGAAGACUGAUGAUAAACCAGACCCUACCAAGACUGAUGAUAAACCAGCCCCUACCAAGACUGAUGAUAAACCAGACCCUAAGAAGACUGAUGAUAAACCAGACCCUAAGAAGACUGAUGAUAAACCAGACCCUGACAAGACUGAUGAUAAACCA